AUGUUAAAGUUAAUGUUAUUUGUGCUGCUAAUAUGCCCAAUAAAGCCCCAAAAACUAAUAUGGGAAGACAACUUUGACACCCCCGACCUAAACAAAUGGUGGUUUAACUUGGGCGCGAACCUGGUUAACAAGGAGCUUCAAUGUUAUACUAAUAGAUCAGAAAACAUUCGUGCUGAAGAUGGAAAUCUUGUUAUUGAAGCCAGACAAGAAAAUUUUACUGGCUGUGCGUUUACCUCGGCUAGGCUUAGAAGUGAAGGCUUGUUUGAUUAUCAGUAAGUUGGGUUUUGGUAAAAGCUUACCUCCAUGAUGUUGGAAGAUCGUUUCUACUUUUAAAAAAUAACCUUGCAGAUAUGGAACCCUAGAAGCCCGAAUCAAAAUCCCUAAAUUAGCUAGAGGCCUAUGGCCAGCCUUAUGGCUUGAAGGUCGUAACCCUAAAACUUGGCCAGAACGUGGCGAAGUAGACGUUUUUGAAUUUGGCGCUAGCUGGUUUAGGUACGGUACGUUUGAACCCCGUAUAAAGAUCCCAUCAAUUACCAAAGGCCUAUGGCCAGCUUGGUGGCUAAAAAGCUCAACUACUCCAUAUUGGCCAGACUGUGGCGAAAUUGACGUUUUUGAGUACGGGUACCCAAACUACACAAACAGCUACUUUACCUACGGCAUUCACGAAGUUGGCCCAGGGGCGUGGGGUGGGGUAAAGACAAAUAAAGAUCAAUCAACUGACUUUCAUUUCUAUCGUGUGGACUGGAAUGUCACUGAUCUGGUGUUCUACCUGGACGAUAAAAAGUAUGGCAAGCUUAAUAUAGAAAAGCAUGAAUUUUUUUACAAACCUUUUUACUUUUUGUUAAACUUGGCUGUAGGAGGAAACUUGCCAGACCUUUAUGAUCCAAAACAAAUUACUGCCAAGCUGCCGGCUCAAAUGCUCGUAGACUAUAUUAAGGUUUGGCAGUGAUUAUUAUAACUUCGAAUGAUUUUUUAAAUAAAAUCUAAUGAGUUUUCUAAUUGUGUAAUUUUAAAAUGUUAAAAAAAGUACUAAAAGCAAGUUACAAAAAGUGUUUUUUUUUAUAACCUUUAAACAAUAGUUCAAAUAAAAAUUUUCGAGCAAAAUGUUAAUUGUUUCUGUUAUCUUUUUGAUUGUUCCGAUAACAUUUUGUUUGUGAUAAACAGAAGAAACGUUAUAAAUAUGCAAUGGAACAAUUAUUACAUGGCCUUGCCUACUUGAGAUACUCUUUGAUCGAAGGCUACUAAUAAAACAAGUGUCAAAGCAAAUUCAAAAGUGCUUCGAGGAAGUUAAAGAAAGCUCUUAACUCUAUUUUAAGUUAUCUUGAGAAUUUGGUGCUACCUUAAUUUAUACCGCAUUUCUACUGUUACAACUUAUUAGGAAUAGAUCUACUGCAUUCUCCACUUUGAGAAAUUAAUACUACUUUGAGGUACAACGCAACUCAAUUUUUAAUACAUAAAUCUACUACAUCUAUAAUUUUGAGAAAUCAAUACCACCUUAAGUUACAUCGCACUUCUACUGUUAUUACCUAGAUCUGCCACGUCUAUCAUCUUGAGAAAUUAAUACUACCGUUAAGAAAAAGUGCAACUUCUCCAGUUAAUACCAAGAUCUACUGCACUCAUCUCCUAUUUAACUCUACCCACCUAUCUACCACCAGCUCAAAUGCUCGUCCAUCAAAAUGUUCUUCUAUUAACCAUCUUACUGCCUACGUUAACAGCCAAAAAGCUAAUCUAUGAAGAAAACUUUGACACAAUCGACGCAAAAGCGUGGCAUUUUGAUAUAGGUGGUAAUGGGUGGGGUAAUGAAGAAUUAGAAUAUUAUACUAAUAGAACUCAAAAUGCUCGUGCUGAAAAUGGCAUACUGAUUAUUGAAGCUAGAAGAGAAAAUUAUGGAAAUAGAAACUUCACUUCUGCCAGAAUGUUGUCAAAUUUUAGUUUUAAGUAGGUUUACUAUUGACUAAAUAUAAUACCUAAAUUUUAAGUACAGUACUAAAAUUCACACCACUAUUCUAGGUAUGGUACCUUUGAAUCACGCAUAAAAAUCCCAUCAAUUACCAAAGGUCUUUGGCCAGCCUGGUGGCUUCUCGGUACAGAUAGCCCACAAUGGCCAGACUGUGGUGAAAUUGACGUUUUCGAGUACGGGUACCCCGACUACACCAACAGCUUCUUCACCUACGGUAUUCAUGAAGCUGGCCCGGGGGCAUGGGGUCAAGUAGAAACAAAUAAAGAUCAAUCAACGGACUUCCACGUCUAUCGCGUGGACUGGAAUGUCACUGAUAUUGUAUUCUACCUGGAUGACAAACAAUAUGGGCAGUUUAACAUUACUGAGCAUGACACUUUUCACAAACCCUUUUACUUUUUAUUAGACUUGGCUAUUGGUGGAACAUUGCCAGAAAUUUAUGAUCCAAAACAAAUUACUGCCAAGCUGCCGGCUCAAAUGCUUGUGGAUUAUAUUAGGGUUUGGCAGGGAGAGAGGUCAACUGGAAUGAGCCAUCUUGUGUAUAUGUUGUAA